AUGGCAUCUGCAACAGUAUCAACACCGAUCAAGUCCCACAAGGGGCUGUUCAACACCCGCACAGCGGGUGGACGAAUGCCUCUCACUCCAUCACCCCGGCAAAACUCCAACACAACCACCAUCCCCCUCAACCUCGACUCAUCACCCUUCACUCCGGAGAAGCCAGCCAAGUCCACAUACGGUGGUAGCCUCAUGUCCCACCUUUCCAGAUCGACGUCGAAGCCCUCGCAAAGAGACACCACCCGCAGCAGUCACCGUGACUCGCCCAAGUCGAACAUUGCCCGUGUCGUUCACACUCCCCGCAAGGCCCUGGAGCUGGGCGUGUCAGAUUUCACCCUCACAGGCACAGGCAAAACACCUUCCAGCGCCAAGGCAAAGAAGGCCCCCCUGCGCAAGAAGUGCAGCAAGAACACUGUGUCCUAUGGCGCCGAUCGCUUCAUCCCCAGCCGUACAGCAAGCUCAGGGAUCGCCAAUGCCGGCUCCAGCAAAAUCGAUGCGGCUGAGAAGCGCCCCAAGACCAGCAGCGGUUUCAGCUCUUCUGUUCUCAACUCAGCUGCGGACGAUACUGCGGCCGCUCUCGAGGGUCUCAGCAUCAACGACGAGGAGGGCACCGACUACACUCGCCCCUCUCCCAACACUGUCGCCUAUCAAGACUCGCUGGCAAGCGCAUGCGGAGUCAAGCUCAACACACGCAUUCUUGAGUUCAAGCCAGCGCCCCCCGAGUCAUCCAAGCCCAUUGACCUCCGCAAGCAGUACAACCGGCCGCUGAGGCCUGCUACUAGCAGCUCGGCGCAGCUGCGACGUCGCAUUGCGACCGCCCCGGAGAGGGUUCUUGACGCCCCUGGCCUCAUUGACGACUACUACCUCAACCUUUUGGACUGGAGCUCGCAGAACCAGGUGGCCAUUGGAUUGGAGCGCAGUGUCUAUGUCUGGUCCGCGGAUGAAGGCAGUGUAGAGUGCCUCCUGGAGACCACAGCGGACACCUACAUCAGCAGCGUCAAAUGGUCGGGCGAUGGUGCCUACGUCGGCGUUGGUUUGGGGACAGGCGAGGUCCAGAUUUGGGAUGUUGCCGAGUCAACCAAGAUCCGCAGCAUGUACGGCCACGACACUCGUGUCGGUGUUAUGGGGUGGAGCAAGCAUCUCCUCUCCACCGGCGCGCGUAGCGGCCUCGUGUUCAACCACGAUGUUCGGGUCGCCGAGCACAAGGUUGCCGAGCUUGUCUCGCACACGUCUGAGGUCUGCGGUCUUGAGUGGCGAUCAGAUGGUGCGCAGCUUGCUACUGGCGGCAACGACAAUCUAGUCUCCAUCUGGGACGCGCGCUCUCUAUCGGUGCCCAAGUUCACAAAGACCAACCACAAGGCUGCGGUCAAGGCCCUCUCGUGGUGCCCGUGGAACAUGAACCUGUUGGCCACUGGUGGUGGCUCUUACGACCGCCACAUCCACUUCUGGAAUUCGACCUCUGGUGCUCGCGUGAACAGCAUCGACACCGGCUCUCAGGUCACCUCUCUUCGCUGGAGCCAAAACUACCGUGAGAUCGUCAGCUCGAGCGGAUUCCCCGACAACUCUCUCAGCAUUUGGAGCUACCCAACCCUGGUCCGCAAUGUGGAGAUCCCUGCUCACGAGAGCCGUGUGCUGCACAGCUGCCUCAGCCCUGACGGACAGAUGCUCGCAACGGCCGCCGCCGAUGAGAGUCUGAAGUUCUGGAAGGUGUUUGAGAAGAAGGCUGGCGCGCCUGGCAGCAUCAGCGGCUCAGGAUCCACCAGCAAGGCCGAGAUGGCUAAAAGCAUGACCAUUCGCUGA